AUGAGAGCCUCCAGGCAGCACAAGAAGCAAGCGCAGCUGCAACGUAGAGCUCCGAUUCGGGCAUUGUGUUGCAGUAGCUGCAGGCUCAGCGUGUCUUCGUCUUCCGAGGAAGUAGAGAGCUCCAGCACUUCUGAUCGUAACAGGUACCCGUCGAUAUCAAGCUUAGCGCAUGCGAUGGUUCAAGAGAGACUAGACCAAAUGAUUAGAGAGAGGCAGGAGGAGGAUGCCGCGAGAGUAGUGCAUGUGGAUCGUCGGAGAAGAAAGAACAAAGUAGUAUAUGAUGAUCGAGCACAAGCAACAGGGACUAAAUUUGUCGUAAUGGUUGCGAUGGAAAAGUGUUCCUAUGAUCCGAGAGAAGAUUUUAGGGAGUCCAUCGCGGAGAUGAUAAUGGCAAAGCGGAUCGAAGAGCCAAAGGAUCUUCGUAGCCUCUUGAAUUACUAUGUUUCGAUGAAUUCGGAGGAGUAUCACGGGAUUAUACUCGAGGUGUUUCAUGAAGUUUGCUCUGAUUUGUUCCUAUGUAAAUGCCAUUAA